AUGGCUUCCGCUUCUGCCAACCAGAAAGCCAAGAAGCAUGGCACCAAAGCUUCAGUCUCCAAGACCGAGGUUGAGACCCCUGCUAGUCCUGCUAGCACUACCUCUGACAAUGGUUCAGAGCCAAAGUAUCUGCUUGACCUGCAGAAACUCCUUCGCAAUGCAGUUAAGAAGAUGAAUGCCACUUCCAAAGUUGAUGCCAUUCUGGCUGAGAACGAAGGCAAAACUCUCGAUGAGCUCGUCCAGGAAAAGAAGAUCAAUGCCGACCAGAAAGCCCAGGCCCUGAAGAAACCUGCCCUCCAGGCAACCAUUACACAGAUUGAGGAGCAAAUUGUUCUCAUCAAGCAGCUCAUUGCUCAAUACGAGGAGCGCAUCGCGACUAGUCUGGCUAACCAAAAGGCAAGCUUGGAGAAGGCUCACCAGGAUGAGCUUGACGCUGUGCGCGAACAUCAUUCGGCCGAGGCUUCUAAAGCUCAACAGGAGGAUUUGCUUACCUUGAGUAAGUUCCUUUGCGCUGCGUCAAACUUGCGACGCGACGGUGACAUCAAUAACUGUGAGACCCUUGCCUUCGAGGGUGUUCUCUCCCAGAUCUACGGAGGACAUCAAAAGGCGGUCGACAGUAUCAUCAAGCUCGUACGGGGCUCGGACAAGAAGGUACUCGGUCCUUCUGACAAGGAGUUGGACUUUACCUAUGCGGACGUCAAGAAGGCAUCCGAGCGGUUUGCACCUGUCGAGGACAUCACGGAGACCACUCCUGAGGUUACCCCGGAGUCGGACCCAACCAUGGUCAAUGCCGAGCUGACUGAGAUCGACGAUCCUUCUUUGAGCGAACAGGUUGCGGCUCAUGCUGAGAUUGACACUGCUUCUCAGGGUCACAGUGCGCCUCCUCAGACCCUAGACAUCCAGUCGACUUCUGGUAAUGGGAGUGGCCGCAACCCUUCUCAAACAGAGACUGAUCCUACAGAGGCUGGUCUUGAGGCUACCACUGCAGACACCGAGAGCCACAUUGUCGAGGCUCCUGUUGUCAAGCGCAAGCGAAACCCCAACUACCGUCGCCGCCGCCAUCAGGCUAGUGAGAGAAAUCAUGUCGGCGAGGAGGCUCAUGUUGGCGAGGGAGCUCAAACCGGUAAGGGAGCUCCGGCUGAUAAGGGAGCUCAGGUCGGUGAGGGGUCUCGUGGCGAGGGAGCAGGCGAUGGCCGUCGUGGCCGUCGUGGUGGACGAGGAGGACGCGGCGGACGUGGACGUCGCGGACGUGGUGAUAGUGCCAACGGGUCUGCAGCUCCUGCUCCUGUAGCUCCUACAGUUGAGCAGAACUAG